AUGCCAACGGGCGUACACACAGAUCUCUCUCGCAGAGGCUCUACCGGCAUCUUGAAAGUUCGACAAAGGCCUAACACCUUCUACACACUGUUCAACGCAGCCCUGUCCAUCCCCGCAGUCGCAAUUCUAUCGCUCUUCGUCCUAGUUCUAUCCUAUUCGCUCACUCAAACACCACCUCCGUCACCCGAAUGGAAAGCAGGUACUCAAAGGCAAAGACCACCACUAUCGCCGCAAUCUCAGAUCACCCCCGACAACCCCCCAACGCUCCCCGAGCUCCUGGCAACCAUCUGCGAUGCGCUAGACGCGGUCAACGUAACGCACUGGCUCCUCCCGGGCCUCGGUCUCCUGCCGCCGCGCCGCGCCGGCUUCGACGGCCGGUUCACGCCCUGGCAGGAAGGGGUAGACCUGGGCGUUUUCCAACGCGACUUGCUGCACGUGAUCCUCGCGCAAAGCUCUCUCCAAGCGCUGGGCAUCGUGCCUGUGGAGUCAUACUUCGGGCUGCGUCUCUUCCACAUCGGCGGGCACGGUGACGCGCGGUACGACUUCCGCGCGCCGUUCGUGGACCUCGUGUACAUGCGGGACGAGCAGGGGCUGGUGGUGAGCCACUGCUGCGACUGCGCGCCGGUGAGCAUCUCGUCGUGCACGAAGACGACGUGCGGAUGCAUGGUGUGCGUGGCGGCGGGCGGGGAAACGUGGCCGCUGCGCGACGUGCACGUGGAGGGCGUGCGGCGCAGCGUGCGCGGGCCGAGCGAGAAGGGGCGGCUGUUGCUGCCUCGCGACCUGGACGGCGUGGAUGCGGCGGUGUUCGACGCGUGA